AUGGCCGGUAUAUCCCAUGUUCUUGUUCUCAGUAUUGGCAACCCAGGAGUAUAUCUCAACACCUUGCACUCCGCCGGCCAUGUCGCGCUCGAGGCAUUGCGCCGUGAAUUGAUGUUACCACCGUUUGCGCCGAACCGGCUGUACACUGGCAAGUAUGCACCAGUAACAACGUCAGGUGCAGGCAAAGGUACUCAAUAUACGCUGAUGCAAAGCCCAACACUCAUGAACGUUUCUGGUCCGUGGGUUGCAAAAGUAUGGAAAGGCGCUUUAAAGGCCCAGGACGACACAGAGUCGACUCGACCGGCUGAUAAACUAGGUCUUGUUCUCAUACACGACGACUUGGAGAUGGAGCUCGGCGAUCUCUCGGUACGACCCUGGACGCGCAGUCCGCGUGGGCAUAAUGGCCUGAAGAGCAUUGCCACAAGACUCCGACCAAGCGAGGUUAACGGAGCACAAUGGGCCCGAUUAUCAGUGGGCAUCGGCCGCCCGGAAGAGCGAGACAGGGAUGCGGUGGUCGACUAUGUCCUACGUCAGAUGACAAUUGCAGAGCGUUCUGCACUCGAAAGCCUCGGGCCAGGCCUUGUUAAGACACUGCGGACAAUCGAAACACAAUGGGCCGCAAAGGAACUCUAG